AUGGCGUCAGCGGGCGCGGGCCGGGGACGCGGGGACGCGGGGACGCGGGGACGCGGGGACGCGGGGACGCGGGGACGCGGGGACGCGGGGACGCGGGGACGCGGGGACGCGGGGGACAGGGGCUGGGGGCGCCGGUGGGAGGAGCGCGGGAACUCGGGCGCCGGGGACCGCAGGGACGCGGGGACGCGCCGGAGAGGGGACCGGGAGCCGGGUGCGCUGGGACUCCGGGGGCCAGGGACGCGGGCGCUGGGGGCUGGGGGCGCGGGGACGCGGGGGGACCGUGACCAUACAGAUGGCGGGACGUUUGGGAUGGCUGGGGGUCGGGGGCGCGGGGACGCGUGGGGCAAGGACACUGGGAGUGCCGGUGGAAACUGGGGCUGGGGGCGCGAGGUCACGCCGGAGCGGCGGGACACGGGGACCAGGACGCCGGCGACCCGCGGGGACGACAAGGGCUGGGGAUGCGAGUGGGGAGCGUGGAAACGGCAGCAGACUUGGGAUGGCUGGGGGUCGGGGGCGCGUGGGCGCAGGGGACGGGGUGAUGAAGGCUUGGGGUGCCGGUGGAGACAGGGGGCAAGGGACCACGGAGGGUUCGGAGGCGGGAGGGGCGGGAGGCUGGAGCUCGAGAUGCCUGGAGGGGUCUGGGCCGGCGGGGCGGGGGACACUGCAGGGUGGACUCCCCUGGUAAUCGUGGGCUGA